GUCAAAAUCUUCGACGUCACCCUAAACGAAGGCAGCCACACAAGCACCAAGGCCACGCAGCAUGUCCGCCCCCGCUCCUCCGCCGUCCAAGGGCAAUCCUAGCUACUUUAGUGACAAGAAGAAAGGGGAAGUGAACGAGCUUAAGAAUCUGUUGCGCGACUCGACCGUCGAGCGCGACUCGAAGAAGAAGCGAGAGAUCAUCAAGAAAGUGAUUGCGUACAUGACGUUGGGCAUCGACGUGAGUCGCAUCUUCAGCGAGAUCGUCAUGUGCGUCGACACCAAGGACAUCAUUACCAAGAAGAUGGUGUAUUACUACCUGACCAACUACGCCAACAAGAACGCGGACUUGGCCAUCUUGUGCAUCAACACCCUCUUGACCGACUGUCGGAACGAAGACCCCCUUGUUCGUGGUUUGGCGCUUCGCUCCCUCUGUUCUCUUCGCUUGGAAACCAUGCUCGAGUACAUCCACGAACCCCUCCAGCAUUCGCUUACCGACACGAGUGCGUACGUGCGCAAGACGGGGGUAAUCGGCAUCCUCAAGGUGUUUUCGCUCAACAAGGAGCUCAUCAAGGACAGCGAGAUGGUGGACACGCUGUACAACAUGAUCCGCGACCGCGACCCGCAGGUCGUGUCCAACUGCCUCGUCGCGCUCAACGAGAUUAUGGCGGACGAGGGCGGGAUCGCCGUGAACCAGCAGAUCGUGCUGCACUUGCUCACGCGCAUCUCCGAGUUUAACGAGUGGGGGCAAUGCAACAUCCUCCACGUCGUGAGCACGUACCGUCCGUCCAGUGAGGAAGAGAUCUUCAACAUCAUGAACAUUCUCGAGCCGCAACUGCGCGUGUCCAACUCGGCGGUGGUGCUCGGCACGGCCAAAUGCUUCUUCAACCUCACCGACAAGAUGCCGCAGGUCCACACCCAAGUGUUUGAGCGCAUGCGGCAGCCCAUGCUCACGCUCAUGGCGGGGGGAUCGCACGAACUUAACUAUUGCGUACUGCACCACAUUCUGCUCAUGGUGGGCAAGUACCCCCGAGUGUUUUCCCCCGACUACCGCCAGUUCUACAUCCGAUACAACGAACCCAGCCAUGUCAAGUAUGUCAAGCUCGACAUCCUCAGCGGCAUCGCAGAAAACCACAGCGUCGCAGACAUCAUCAUGGAGCUGAGCGAGUACGUGACGGACGUCGAUCAAGAGCUCAGCCGCCGCGCGGUCCGAGCCAUCUCGCAGAUCGCCAUCGGCAACAGCUUUGGCCACGAAGGCCUGGACGCCAUGCACGACCAGAUCGUCGACACGAUGGUCGAGUUCCUCGAAAUGAACUUGGAUUAUGUGCGCGAUGAAACGCUCGUCGUGAUGAAGGAUCUGCUCCGCAAGUUCCCCCACAAAGUCGACGACGUCCUCGACGUGCUGCCCCGCAUCAUCCCCAAAGUCGACCACGCCCCUGCCAAAUGCGCCGUGAUUUGGAUGCUCGGCGAGUUUGGCCAGGACUUGCGCCGUGCACCGUACGUGUUGGAGCGCCUGAUCGAUUCCUUUGCCGAUGAAAUCGCGCCGUCCGUGCUCCUGGAACUGCUCAGUGCGUCGCUCAAGCUGUUCUUCAAGCGUCCUCCCGAGAUGCAAUCGAUGCUUGGACGUCUGUUGCAAGCCGCGAUGGAUGAAUCCCAACGUAACAUUGACGUGAAGGACCGGGCGUUGUUUUACUACCGGCUCUUGUCGCAAGAUGUCAACACGGCGGCGCAGAUUGUGCGCCAGUUUGAGCCCGACAUUGUCGAUGUAUUUGCCGAGAUGGUCGAGACGGAUUUGCAGGACAAGCUCUUUCGCGAGUUCAACACACUCGCGGUUGUGUACACCAAGCCCAGCGAGACGUUCGUGUCGGCCGCGCAUCUCAUCACGCGAUUGAAUGUCGAAUCGAAUGCUGGCGGUGGUGAUAAUGAUGAAGAAGAGGACGAAGACGAAGACGAGGAAGAUGAACCCCACGUGCAGCCGCCUCUUCCCUACGGCAACCACGGCGGGCCCCGUCCACCCGCGGCGGCAGUUGACUUGCUCGGGAUGCUCGAUUUUUCCCACCCAACGACGACAGCGCCGCCGCCAGCCGCGUUUCAGCUGACCCCAAACCCGUCGAUGGAUGCCGCCACGUUUCAAAACCUGUGGGGGUCGCUGCGUGUGGUGUCCCAGAUUCAGCUCAAGAUGCCGGCGAUUCCAGCGCAAGGCGACAUUGAGCGCGCGUUCGGCGCCCACGGCAUCCUGACCAUGGCGGCGGGGGAUGUGGGGCCCCAGUACAAAUUCUUCUUUUACGCCCAAGACAGCCAGCGCAACUAUUACUUGGCGGAAACUGUCGUCGAAAAGGCCCAGCUGGUGCUCUACGCAACCAUCAAGGGCCAAGACGAAGUGGGCGGCACCCAAUUUGGCGACCAUUUCAAGCGUGUGUUGUUUGGAUAAGUCAACAUUGUUGCAUUGUAUAUAGUACGACGACGAUGUGACCAGGCCCUGGAAUAACUGAAACGUUCAGUUCACCAUCAUAUGCCUGUUAUUAACUGUUACUAGUACUUGUUAUACCGGUUUG